GCUCUGCCAACAUUGCACAACGCAGCGACCUGAAUCAAGCCGCAAGCACAGCAAAAUAGUCGUCGAGUUCGAUACCAGGAGGCGAGUCCGGCACAAAUCAGGUGUCUCAGAGCGAGACUGAGAGCAUACCACCACAAUGACGGCCAACCUCACACUAUACACUACGACGGCAGUGCUCCUGCUGGAUGCCGAUGGGAAUCGCCUCGUUUCAAAAUACUACCAGCCACCACAUGCAGGCCACGGGCCGCCCGGCCACCCCUCGUCUUCGUCUGCGGCGGCCAAUGGGACAGCAGUGGCAGCGCCCAGCCUCCCGCCGGGCGCUGCUGGCCAGCCGCCGCAGAUGACGUCCAAGAAUCCCUUUUCGACAUUCAAGGAGCAACGCGCAUUCGAGAAGGCCGUCUGGGAAAAGACUCGGCGGGCCAGCGGAGACAUCAUCUUGUACGACUCGCACCUCGUCCUCUUCCGCGCCAGCCUCGACUGCAUCCUCUACGUCGUGGGUCCCGCGGGCGAGAACGAGCUGAUGCUUUCGGGCCUGCUGGGAAGCCUCUUUGAGGCCAUCGGCAUCCUGCUCCACAACGGCCAAGUCGAGAAGCGGGCCGUGUUGGAGAACUUGGACCUCGUCACGCUGGCCAUUGACGAGACGGUCGAUGACGGCAUCAUCCUCGAGACGGACAGCACGGCGAUUGCGAGCAGAGUGUCGAGACCAAGACCAGACGCGACGGAGCUCCAGAUCAACGAGCAGACAAUCAUGAACGCAUACUCGAACCUCAAGGAGCGAGUCGCACAGCGCAUCCUCCAGGGAGGGCUGUAG